AUGGCCCAAAGACACUUUGCACUGCUCCUCCUCUUGACUGGACAUGUCACGGCUUGGAAUACCUUCGUUGUACCCCACGUAGACGGACAAGAUGAUACCCCUGUCUUGAAGGCGGCAUUAGCGUCAGGGAAUUAUUCGGCCAAUGCGACCAUUUUAUUUGCGAAGGGCACCAAGUACAACAUAUUCACCCCCAUCAAAUUCCCCACGUUCACCAAUGUGGAGAUCGCGAUAGAGGGGAACCUCAGCUAUCCGGAUGACAUUUCUACCGUUCAAACUCGCGUCGGAACUCAGGGUUUUCCAGGUUCAUGGUUCACGUUUACUGGUGGCAACAACGUCACUUUGCGCGGCUCUACGGAUCCCAAGUGGGGUUGGGUUGACGGACACGGUCAAGCUUGGUGGGAUGCUGCCCAGCAAACUAACCGUCCGCACGGUUGGGCGUUCAACCACAUUACGAACGGUGUCAUCCGUGACAUCAAGCUGUGGAAGCCCAUCGCUUGGAACUUUGCUACAAGUGGCUCGAAGAAUCUCCACGUAUACAACAAUAAGAUCGUCGCUGUGUCGAGCACUGGUUCUUUCCCGUUCAAUACUGACGGUUUCUCUGCCGGAGGCACGAACAUGCUGUUCGAGAACAACCACGUUCAGAACGGCGACGAUUGCUUGACUGUCGGAAGUGGGGCAGAGAACAUCGUCUUCAGGAACAGCUACUGCGAAGGCGGCCAUGGCCUGUCCAUUGGUUCGCUCGGCAAGGGCGGCUCCGUUGCGGACGUUCAGAAUGUGCUGAUCGAGAAUGUGAUCAUGAAAAACACUCUUUACGCCGCUAGGUUCAAGAGCUGGACUGGAGGUAAUGGUCUUGCACGGAACAUUACUUGGAAGAACAUCGCGUUCGAUAAUGUUCUAUUCCCGAUCUACGUUACUCAGAACUACUGGGAUCAGGAGGUUGGUUCGCCGUCCAGUUCAAGCACCAACAACACACACAUCCAAGAUUUCCUCUUCGAGAACUUCGUUGGCACCAUCAACGAUAAACCCGGCUAUGUCGAAGGCUCCUGCGUGACCGACCCGUGCUGGUACGCCGUCCCGGGCGCGACGGGCAAGGAAGUCAUCAUCUUUGACUUGUACCCUGGCACAGCCACGAACAUCGUGGCCAAGCACAUCCUUGCCAGGACCGAGACAUUCUCGCCGGUCCGAGUGCUAUGCAAUUCCUCCACGGUCACCUCGGACGUCGGAUUCAAGUGCUGGGAUGGACUUUUUGUUCCUACUCUUAAGGGACUACUCUAG